AUGGCGGAAUCUGUAAAAGAAAGAACUUCACGGUCAAUUAUGAAUAAAGUUAAAAAUGAAAUUUCUUCUAUUGUUGAAUGUGCUGUUUGUUUACAAACCAGCGUACAUCCAGCUGAACUGCCUUGUGGACAUAUAUUUUGUUACUUAUGCAUUAAGGGAAUUGUAAAUCAAGGAAGGCGUUGUGCCAUGUGUAGACAAGAUAUUCCUAAUGAUUAUUUAGAUAAGCCAAAACUAUUAAAGCCAGUUGAUACUGAAUAUUCCAGUAAAGGUUUUGAAGAUGGGCAUUUGUGGUUUUACGAAGGACAUAACGGUUGGUGGCAGUAUGAUGAAAGAACAAGUUUAGAAUUAGAACUAGCUUAUCAAAAAGGAGAGAGAUGUUGUGAAUUGCUUAUAGCAGGAUUUUUAUACAUAGCUGACUUUGACAGUAUGUUGCAAUAUCGACGGAAUGAUCCUUGUAGACGGAGAAGGAUUAAAAGGGAUCUUGCCACAACUACAUCUAAAGGAGUUGCUGGCCUUAAAACUUCAAAAGACAGUCAAUUAAAUUCAACUAGUACUCCUGAUCUAGUGUCUAAUGUAUUAAUCCCGGAUUUGCAAAGUUUGCACAUUUCCAGCAGACCCGUUCAAAACCACUUGCAUGACACCAAUCGUUCAAUUCCGACAAAUUCACCUUCAUUAAGUUCUCAACAAAAUCUUGAAUCAUCUCAUCAAAGUGAUAGCAUAAGAAUUAAUAGACCUACAUCUUUGGUCCUGACUGAUAGUACAUGUAAUGCUCCAUCUGUGUUAAGCUCAAAUUUACAGUCUUCUAGUAGUAGUGAUUUAGUGUCUCCUAGAAAUAUUGAACUCGAUAAUGUCAUCCAUGACACUUUAGAUUGGACAAUAGAACAAAUAGAAGCGCUUAAUUUAGAGCUCUCAAAUGAUUUUGAAAAUUUAUUUAGAAAUGUGAAUAGCCUUGGGCCAGUGAAUAGUACAAAUACAAACAAUACUAAUAGAUCAAAUGUUGUUUCAAGUGAAAACAUCAAUACAGUUUCUAAUGACCUAUUAGACAGUUCAUUAGAAAUUAAUUCUCAAUCCUCUUCUAGACUUCUUUCUCAACCUAGUACAAAUUAUUCAGACAGAAACUCAUCUACUUAUUUUUCACAAUUUAAUCAAAAUAAUGAAAUUUCUUUGCCUAGGAAUACUGUCAGAAUUCCUGUAAGAAGUUCAACAUUGACAAACAGUGAUUUAUCACAGACUGUUUCAAGGUCUAGAGGGACCUCUAAAAAUGGAUGUAAGAGAAUUUCAUCUAAUUAA